AUCGUUAUCUUAACUUCCGUCUCCGCCUCGCAGAAGGUCAUCAUCAUACGUUGAUUAGUUGACAAGUUGACUUUAAUGUAAUUGUCAGCGCGGAGCACGCCGUUCUGUGAAGGCUUUUUAAUGACAGGGCUUCCGUUGACUUGACACUAGAAAUCAACAAUCUCAAUCAACUUAACUCAUCAACACUUAAAAAUACAUUUCUUUUUUCUUUGUAUUUAUUUCCUUCCUAUUUAGUGAACUGGUACUGGGUCACCUGAAAAGUUCAAAUUUGCUUUAACUUUUGGCGCGUUCCAAGAUGUCUAUCACAGUCAUCGUCGCGCUUGUCGCGUUAGUUGCCUUUGUGGCUCUAAAGCUCAGAGGAAACACGAAGAUUACCUCCUUCAAAGAGCAAGGAGGUGUCCCAUUCUUUGCAGCUGCUCUUGCCUAUGCUCAAAAUCCUGUCGCUACCAUUCGCCGAGCCACCAGCCAAGCCGGAAACAUUUUUUCCAUACAACUAUUUACUGUAUACAAUGUGUGGUUGCGUGGCAAUGAUCUGAACAAGGUCUACCUCGAGACCAGGGAGGACACAUGGUCGUUCGGAGGUGGAAUGGGUAUCUUCCUCAACAGAAUCUUGGACGGUGGAUACUGGCCUCACUUGAGAACCCUGGCCGGUUCUCUCGCUCAUUGGCUCAACCGUUCCGCGACUCUCGACUACGUCACCAAGGUGUCCAAUGAGGAAGCUGAGAAGUCCUUCAGCAAUUGGUCAACCAAGAGUGACGUGGAACUGUUUGAGAGCGUGUCUGGUUUGGUCCACCAAGUCAUUGUCCGAUGCCUCAUGGGUCAGGACUUCUAUGACAAGUCAUGCUCCGAGCUUCUAGACCUUCUACACGCUAUGGAGGCUGACAUUGGAAGUCUGUACAACAUGUUCCUCCCCGCUUGGGUUUCCCACCCCCCUGCGAAGCGAUUGGACGCCGCCAGAGAACGUGUGCGGGAGAUCUUCAACCAGCGUCUGCAGGAGAGAAGUAUGGACCCCGAAACCUGGUCUAAGUCAUCGGACUACAUCAACUACACGUUGUCGGACAAGACUAUGCUUCCUCUCAAGGAUCUCCUUCCUUCCCACCAUACUCUCCUCAUGUUCGCUGCCCACACCAGUACCGUUGCCAACAUUGCUUGGGCCAUCAUUGAGAUCCUCAGACACCCCGAUAUUCUUGCUGAGCUCCAGAAGACUCUGCGUGAGAGCCCCGAGGAAGCCGAUUCGCUCCUGCUACAAGCUUGCAUCAAGGAGACAAGCCGUUUCUACGCUGGAAUGAGCACUCUUCGUAUCGCGCGCAAGGACCACACAAUUCCCACCACGUCGAUUAACGUUCCCGCUGGUGCUCUUGUUUCUAUUUCGCCUUACCUCACCCACCACGACCCCGCUAACUUCUCCAACCCUGACCAAUGGACUCCCGACCGCUGGAUCAGCCAGGAGGGCGGAAUUGUGCAGCUAGACCAGAAGCAAGGAUUGAAGUACAUUCCAUUCGGAGCUGGUAGCCACCGAUGUGUUGGGGAGAAAAUGGCGGCUAUCGUGGCUUCGCGUGCACUGUCUACUCUGAUCCGCAACUACAACGUUGAGUGGGCGAAUGGUGAGCCCCGCAGCGAAGUCACUGACUUCGACUUCGGAAAGCUUGGUACUCCUUGGCUCAAGGGCGACACUCGGGUCAAGGUGACUAAGAGAGUCUAAGAUUAGAAGAUCAUGUUUACGUAGCAAAUUUGGGUCGUGUGGGUCUAAAAGGGUGGUAUUGUUCUGGAAGCACGGCGUAUUAGAUUCUAUACUAGGUUAGCAGGUACUUUAGGUUCAUUAGGCUUUUUUAGUGUAAAAUCAUGGGUUAGAGAAAUUUAAGCUUACUUUCAAGGUUACUUCCAGGUUGGCAAGGUUCAUGUAAAAAUAGCACUAUUAUGUAAUUGACCCAUUGUAAUCGCCGAUCCGGCGCGGAUCCGAGUAAAAA